UUGUCUUUUGCGCUUCUCAUAUGUUAUUCAGUUUUUAUUCCACCCCACUGCGGCAACACUGUUCCAAAAACUCCAUCUUUUUGAGGUUGUUUUUUUCGGGGAUUUGAACUCUGUUCUAUACUUUGUUCAGUAUGGAACCCGUGCCGGUUCUGUUGUAUGUGAGUUCGGACGAAGAAGAGGAAGUGCCUUGUUUGGAAGAGAACAGAGGGAGGAACAGGAUCAUUGACUUUGACUGGGUGAAGGAGUUUCUUGACAUUUCGGACGAGGAAUCGAACGAGGUGAGCAAACAUGAACACAAGUCGAAGUCGAAUUCUUCUUUGAUAUCGACGCCAAGCGUGGAGGAUGAUGAUGAUUGCGUAGUUCUGGAUGUUGAUCCUGAAAGCCGAGUCACCACCGUGGAUGGUGACUCGCCAACUGAGUCAGACGAGUUGGUUGUUGUUGGCGAGAAGGGUCAGAUUGCAUGCAGAGACUAUCCUCAUCCCCGGCAUCUUUGUGUCAUAUUUCCUUAUUCUUCCACCCCCCAUGAGAAACACUGUUACCAGUGCUACUGUUAUGUGUGUGAUUCUGUAGCACCAUGUCCGAAAUGGGUCACUGGCCUUUUAGGUAUGGAUCAUUGUCAUGCAACCGAUGAAUCCGAGACAUGGAGAACACGGAGGAAAAUUUUCAAGCUGGGCAAGACUGCUCCAUUACCGUCUUCAACCAAUUAUAGUACUUUGAGUGAUGUCACGAAUGCCCAACAGAACAAUAUUCUGCCUUUUCGUGUGAUGUCUCCAUAUUCCAUGUUGCCGAAUCAGACAUCAAUGUCAACUGCAACACAUACAUGCUCCCCAGUCAAUUCCAUACCUCAAAAUCAAUCCUCUUCGCCAAUUACAAUGCGUACGUGCUCCUCGAUACAUUCUAGCUUCCAGAACCAGGUAUCCUGGCCAAAUAAUGUCCCCUCCAUUGCCACCAACUUUACAAUCCCGUCUGGUACAAACCGUGGUAGAUAUCCAGAGUCAGGAUCUACUUUGGCGAGAAACAGAUACCAGUCUCAAUCCAUUCCACAGCACUCGCUAGGCAAUCGUGCAAUCCAAAGGGUGCGACAACAUGGAGUUAGCACUUUAGUGCCUCAGUUCCAUUCUCAUACAUUGUUUAACGGUUUAGGCAGUGUUGGUGUUGGGAGCACCAUGCCAAUGAACCAUUCUACUCAUGAUGCUUCUGGUGGCUUCAGUAAUCAUGUGAAUCUAGCACAGCAAUUUGCCGGAUAUCAUGCUGCAACAGGAUUUUCAAAUGAUAACAGAACUUCUUACGGACAAAAUGCUUAUGUCCCCCAAAAUUUAUGGUACCCUAAUCCUUGCUCUCAACCGAAUAACCUCAGCUCUGUCAGCAAUUACGCUACUGCUCAUGAAACCCAAGUAUCAUACCAAUCAAAUGGUAGCCAGAAUUUUUAUGCUGUUCAAGGUAACAAUGCUCCUUCAAGUAAUAAUGUGGCUGGUCUGAGUAGAAAUGAAAAUGUUUGUGGAAAUGUAACCCAAAGUGGAACUACAAGGCAAUAUUCUUGCCAACAGAAACCUCAUGAUGUGAGUCUAAUUGAAUCUGCAUUGAAGGCAGAUAGGAUUGAGCAUAGCAAACAAAGCAUUCCUUAUCAGCAAAGUUCAGGAUCUACGAACACCUGUCUUGGCUCAGUCGAUGAUAUCAAGCGCUGGCUUUUUGGCGAUGAAAACUCUUUCCUGGUUGGAGCCGAUGAUGCUUUAGCAUCAUCAUCAGCUCCAUCCGGUCUUGGCUCAGUCGAUGAUAUCAAGCGCUGGCUUUUUAGCGAUGAAAACACUGUCCCGGUUGGAGCUGAUGAUGCUUUGGCGUCUGAACUCAAUACGCCAUCUCCUGAUCUUAGCACAUUUGAUGGGGGCUCAUUCUUUGAUUUUGAAUCCUCUUGGGAAUGUCGUGCUCGUGUCUAGUUAUCGAUGAUGAUGAAUCUUCAAGGUAACGAGACAAGAGUUCUGCUGCUUGCUUUAUAAAUGGAAGAACUCGGAACCUGCUAGUGUUAGAUAUCAGUGGCUAUUGGCUACAUAUUUGUCAAUACUUAUGACUUACUGACUCUGAGGAUCUCAUAAGUGAUUAGAUUUUUUAUCUCGUUCCCAUUGCAGAUAAGUUUCAUGCAUUACAGGUUUAAUCUUCGAGCUUAGAAUGCUGACAUAAGUAGGAAGUGAGUGAAAGUACAACAAUUGACAAGCGUUGCUUUGUCCAUUUUGUUUUCAGUUAAUGCUGAUUAUGUUUAAGAUUUAUUUAUAACAUUUUUAAAAAAA